AUGAAAUUAGAGGAUCGUAACGAGCGAGUUAGUCAACAACGAUCUACAAAAGGAAAAGAGAGCAAAAAGUUGAAAGAAGCAUCACCUCCUAGAGCUACUGGUGGAUCGAAAUCUCGUCAGCGCAAUGCGGAACAACGAGAAGCAAAACAAAGAGCUUCUAGAGGCAGUGGAAGAAGAAGCACCCGGCCUGGUGCGGAAUCCAGUGAACGGUCAAGCGACAAACCAAGAUCAAAACGUAAUGACGAACAUCGUCCAGCCAAAGAUCGAGCAAAGGGCAGCAAUCGAAGAUCGGAUGCACUUAGUACUGCCUCUUAUUCGAUUGCACCUCAGGUGGGCGCCUUUAGUGAAGCUUCAUCCAAGGAUCGCAGCAAGACGAAAGGACGUCAUAACACCAAGGGCGAUCGUAAGCGAAGAUCCGAUGCCCCUGCGUCUCCUUUUGUGGUAGGUGCCAUUGGCGACAUUUCUCCCAAGGAUCGCAGCAAGACAAAAGCACGUCCUAGCACCAAGGGCGAUCGUAAUCGAAGAUCAGAUGCCCCUGCGUCUCCUCUUGCAUCUCAGGUCGUGGUGGGUGCCAUUGGCGACACUUCUCCUAGGGAUCGCAGCAAGACCAAAGGACGUCAUAGCAUCAAGGGUGAUCGUGAUGCCAAGAAUCGAGCUAGACGUUCAAAAGACUAUGCUACAGCAAGCCCAGGCGUAGAUAGUUUGACUUCUUCACCGCAAAGUCCCCGUUCCAAGGCGGACAGAGCAUCCAAGAAAUCUCGGCAAUAUGAUGAAAGUGAGAAAAAUGCCAAGCGCAUAUCCAAGAACAAAGAUUUUGGGACUAAAGAAGAAGAAGUGGAUCUACAAGCACCUGUCGCGCAAGGCAUCGCUGUGGAUGAAGAAGCGGAAGAGAACGAGCGAUUCCUGAAACAAGAAGAAGCCAACCGAAGGAUGCAAAUUCAGCUCGAGGAAAUGACUCGACAACAGCAAAUAUCUGCUGAGGCACUAGCACAAAAAGAACGAGAGGCCGAGAGGCGAAAGAAGAAACGUCGCAAAAUUAUAUGCGCGAUCAUUGUUUUCCUCGUUCUGGCUGGAGGAGUCGUGGCAUACUUCCUGACGCGUCCGUCAGCAGAUAGGACGCCUUUGUUGGUUGCACCGGAGGAUCCAGAGGGUACCAUUUCCAGCGCUCCAUCGACGAAUCCCACGUCUUCGCCUACCCAAGCUCUCUUGUAUGAUCCACCGUCCGAAAGAGAUUGCGUGGCCAUGAAAAAUGGCCAACCAGUGGCCAAUCAGGACGAAUUGACAGCAUUUACUUUUGAAAUCACCAUAGGUGUGGCAUACUCAGUCAAUGUCGACUUCGAGAAUGUUUACUUGCCUGAUUUGUCCCAGGCUAUCCAAGAGUUUUUAGGGCCGAUCCUUGCCCAAUGCCCCACGGCGACAAGACAGCUACAAGGCAACGACGAUGCUUCCACUAAAUAUGUGGUGGGCAAUGCAUUGGUGGAAACAAAUCUUGUGGAGGACAGAACUUGUGAAGAGGAUGAUGGAACCUCCGAUUGCUAUCUUCUGUCAGUCGGGGUCGACGUCUUUUUGAAAGAUGUGAUCCCCAAUCCUGUACUCAGUGUUAUUAGCUUUAUUUCAGAAGCCUUUCAAACUUCUGAAGUCCCGUUGGUGGAAACUCUGCAGCUGCCAGAUCCGUAUGUAUUUGUUGAAAUCGACUCAUUGACCUCCCUGGACCCCACUAAUGUGCCUAGCACAAGUCCUUCGGAAUCACCUACUCAUUCCAUCAGGCCCACCAAGGGGCAACAGACAAUGCUGCCAUCCGCAGGGCCUAGCUCAACCCCCACCCAGCCACCAACGAUAGGAUCUACUCCAAGCCCCACCAACGCAGCGUCCUCCAGUCCGACAAGAGCACCUGUCACUGCACCAACCACGGAAGAACCCACGGAAAAUCCAUCAGUUACGCCCACUUCGGGACCGACAUUGGCUCCCACAUUGGCUCCCACACCUGCCCCCACGCCUGACCCCACUCCCUUGCCAGAAACGGAGGAGCCGACCAUAAUGGAUUCCCAAUCUCCUACACAAGUCGCCAGCAACGACCCUUCCGCCCAACCAUCGAGCGAUCCAUCAAAUCUACCGACCUCUAGUCCUACGAGUGGUCCGACACCAUUGCCCACCUCCUCUCCAACUAGUGGUCCAACCUCGGCUCCUACCUCUUGGAUCAUUCCAAUUACGUUUCCUCCUCAGACUACCUAUGAGAAACAGGGCGCCCAAGCUAGCGAUCACUCCUGCCUCUACGGCUUUGGUUGUCACUCCCAGUCUUGUCCCAGUUUAGAUCCGGCACUCGCAACAAAGUUUACGUAUUUCACGAACUUGCGAGCUGUGCCAAUUGAAGGGUUUGAUACUGAUACCAAUCCAGUGUGGUACCUGGAGCAAACGCUCGAUGGGUCAGAUUGUGGCAGCAACUCCGGUUCGACAGCAUGCUUCAGUGAUCCCCUGAAGGGCGGUUUCGCCGUGGAUCUGACUGAGAGUAACUUUGUCUUUCAGAAGGAUACACGAUUUCGUUCCGGCGGCUUCACGACUAGGUAUAGAGUCGCUGUGGAUGAUACUGUUGUCUUGCAAGAGACGCUGAGCAACGCUCAUAACAGAACAUUGGGAAGCGAUGGCGGUAAGGUGAUGACUGUCAAUGCAGGCGGAUUUUGUGGCUUUGUAUCUGGAUAUAUCAGAUUGACACUUGAGUAG